GGAAGGGCCGCCGCCGCUGCCGGUCCCCGUAGGGAUGCCCUCCUGGAACAGGCACCUAGGCAGCGGCGCUGGCCCCGGGACAGAUGCUGUAGCUCCUUUAUGUUUCAGACCGAACCACUCAGGUAAAAGGGUCUUGAUCGAUUGAUGAAACCAGUCUGUGCCGUAGAAACCCGGGCCAGAUCCUUCCUGUCCCGCCCGACCUCCUCUCCAUCCUCAGAAAUGGGCUCAAGGGUAAAUAGCUGUGUCAAGAGUGAUGAGCAUGUCCUGGAGGAGCUGGAAACAGAAGGGGAGAGGCAGCUGAAAAGCCUCCUUCAGCAUCAACUGGAUACCUCUGUCUCCAUUGAGGAAUGUGUAUCUAAGAAAGAGAGCUUUGCUCCUGGUACUAUGUAUAAGCCCUUUGGGAAGGAAGCAGCUGGGACUAUGACUUUGUCCCAGUUCCAGACACUGCAUGAGAAGGACCAGGAGACUGCUUCUCUCAGGGAACUGGGGCUUAAUGAAACAGAAAUCUUGAUUUGGAAGAGCCAUGUUUCAGGUGAAAAGAGAUCGAGACUUAGGGCAACCCCUGAAGCAAUACAGAACCGUCUUCAAGAUAUUGAGGAAAGGAUCUCAGAGCGUCAGCGCAUCCUUUGCCUGCCACAGAGAUUUGCAAAGAGCAAACAGCUGACCCGGCGAGAAAUGGAAAUAGAAAAUUCUUUAUUUCAGGGAGCUGAUCGUCACUCUUUCCUCAAGGCUCUUUAUUACCAAGCAUACCACAAAAAGACAAGUGCAGACAAGUACAUGACCUCAAUGAAGAGGAAGAUAAAAUUAGGCACAAAAGAUGAACCCCAAAAGAAGAACAAAGGUGAUCCCAUGAACAAGCUGGAAAGUUUUUACCAAGAGAUGAUAAUGAAAAAACGUCUUGAAGAGUUCCAACUAAUGAGAGGUGAACCCUUUGCUUCCCACUCACUGGUCUCAGCUACAUCAGUGGGAGAUAGUGGCACAGCUGAGAACCCGUCAUUACUCCAGGACAAGGGAAAACAGGCAGCACAGGGUAAAGGUCCCAGUCUCCAUGUGGCAAAAGUUAUUGAUAAUUCACCUGAGCAGUGUUGGACUGGGCCUAAGAAGCUGACGCAGCCAAUAGAAUUUGUCCCAGAAGAUGAGAUCCAGAGAAAUCGUUUGUCAGAGGAAGAGAUCCGAAAAAUUCCUAUGUUUUCUUCAUAUAAUCCAGGGGAGCCAAACAAGGUGUUAUACCUGAAGAACCUUAGCCCUCGGGUGACUGAAAGAGAUCUUGUCUCAUUAUUCGCUCGGUUCCAGGAAAAGAAAGGACCUCCAAUUCAAUUCCGAAUGAUGACUGGACGAAUGAGGGGACAGGCUUUUAUCACUUUUCCCAAUACAGAAAUAGCAUGGCAAGCAUUGCGUCUAGUAAAUGGAUAUAAGCUACGUGGGAAAAUAUUGGUGAUAGAAUUUGGAAAGAACAAAAAGCAACGGCCAGAUCUCCAGGCUGCUUCUCUAAUAUCAUCUACUACAGAUAAUACUACUGAAAUUAGUGGCAGUUAGAAGAUACAAAAACUGUGAGUCCCAGGAGGUCUUUUUACAUCAGAAUUUAGGAUCUAGGGUUUGUGUAUAGAUAGCAGUUUGUUUGGAAUUGAAGAAGAGAAACUGAGGGAGAGAAAGCAAAAUUAAGACAAUCCCUUUCAGCUUUUGGAAAGAAUUGGCAGAAUACAUUUUCUAUAAUCAAAGAUUAUCUAGGAUAGACAAUAUAAUGAGUAUAGAGGGUUGGUUAUAAAGAGUAUCAUUUUCUCAGGAUAAAUUACAGUAGAUUUCUUCCAAGGAUUUUUUAAAUCAUUGUAAUUUAUAUGAGGUCUUAUAUAUUUGUCCCUAGAGAUGACAUUCUUUCUAAGACUGCCUCCUAUAUAUAUAUAUAUAUAUAUAUCUCUCUAAAAAAACUAAGUAAAUGUUGAAAUAUUUAUAUCUAGAGCCCACUUGUCCCUAAUUUUAUUCACCUAGUAAAUAAGUGACCAGGGGCCUAAACAUCAGCAAAUGCUGUUGAAUUAGACCUUCAGCAGUAACAGUAGGUAGUUUUCAUAGGUUAGUCAGCAAAUAUUUAAUGCACACUCCCUAUUAAGUUAUCAGUAUCUUCAAAAAGCUGUUCAUUUUUUCUAAUGAAAGAAUUUAGAUCAAAAUAUUAAUGUUCUCACAAUUAUUUACACUAGCUACCAUUGAAUAAUGAUUGAAUUCAAAGCAAUAAGCACUGAAUCAUUGUCAGUACAUGUUAGGGAUUAAAUAUAUGAAUUUUAGAAGAGGAACAUACUAGCAAAGAAUACCAAAGGAGGGUAGAAAGAAAGAGCUUUCUAGAAGAGAGGCAGCCAGCCCCAAGUCCCCCAGUUGUUUGUUUAUAGUUGCUGGAGAAUAGAAAAAUGACAUGAUAUAGAGGAAGUAGUAUAAACUUUGGAAUCAGACUUGUUUGAACUCCACAGCCAUAUUUAACCACUCUGACUUUGGCAAGUCAUUAAAUCUGAGCCUCAAUUUUUUUCAUCUAUAAAAAUGAGGAUAGUAAUAUUACUUCAUUGGAUUGUGAUGAUUAAAUGUGAUCGUAUCCAGGAUGAAGAUCAGAAAGAAAAAAGAAUGAAAACAUAACAGAGUAUACAACCAUUAAGCACUCUAAUGUACUUAUAAUGGGAAUAUCAGAGAAAGAAAGGAGCAGAAAAAGAUAUUCCAAUAAAUAAUGGCUGUAAACACCCCAAAUGUGAUAAGAAACAUUAUCUACACAUCCAAGAGAUCUCAAUGAAUCCCAAGUAAAAUAAACAAGAAAUCCACAAACACACCACAGUAAGAAUGCUAAAACCCAAAGAUGAAACUUUUGAAAGCAAAAUGAGAUAGAUGAAGCAUCAUUUACAAGGAAACUUCAAUAACAGAUAACUUCUCAUCAGAAACAAAGGAGAUGGCAGUGGGAAAAUUUACUCAAAGUGUUGAAAUGAAAAAGAACUGUCAACAUAGAUUCCCUAUUCAGUAAAACUGUUUUUCAAGAAUGAAGAUGAAAUGAGGACACUCCCACACAGUCAAAAACUGGGAGAAAAUGUUGCUGUCAGACCUGACUAGAAGGAAAUAUCAAAAGAAGUUCUUCAGGUAGAAAGCAGGUGACCUCAGACAGUAAUUUGAAUCUACACAUACAAA